GGUGCGCCCUCAGAGCUCUGCUGUAGUCGAAGCAGAGUGCUGAGCCUCUGCUCAGCAGGGUGAGUUGGGUGCUGAGCGAUGGGACUGACUGCUGCAGAAACAAGGCUGGACCCUCCUGACCUCAGUACCUGCAGCUCCCAGGGUGGUCCCAUCUCGGAGCAACUCCUGAGCGUCUCACUGCAGUCACGUGGAUGAAGUGAAGCUCAGGCAGCCUUCUCUGCGCCCGUCUGCUGGGAAACCACGGAGGAAAUCCCCGCUGCUCCCUUGCUCUUCCGUGAAUUUAAUGCCCUGGACUCUGUCCUGGAGCUCUCCUCCCCUGCGGCGCUGACUCGGUGCUGUGGCACGGUAACCUGUCCUCUACGCCAGGCAUGACCUCGGAUUCCUGAUGCACCCUUACUCACCCCACCGGCAAUCUCAUGAGACGCCCGUGAGCCCCAUAUGGCACUUCUGGGGGUGACAGCCAUUCUGUCCUCGAAGUCCCACCUGCGGCUGCAGGUGCGUCUGCGUUGGGCGCCUAUUGGAGCACCCAGAAAUACCUGCACACGGCUGAGGCGUGUCUGGAAACCUGAUGCCUCAUCUCCGCCAUGUGGAGGCGGAGGGAGGAGGGCUGUGAGACAUGUCCCUUCUCGCUCACAACAGCUGAAAGCAGAGAAGGCAACUCGCUACAGGCCUUCUCAGCAGUGCAGGGCGCCCCGGUCGCAUCCCAGGGGCACCGCCAGACGCUGGGACUCUGGGUGGGUGGCAGUCCCGCAGCCGCCGGGCGAUGAACAUCGCAAGGAGAAGAGGCUUUUACAGACAGGAGCUGAACAGAACCGUCUGGGAGCUGCCCAGGAGGUACAUUUCCCUGCACCCCGUGGGCUCUGGGGCCUACGGUUCUGUCUGUUCCGCCAUAGACAAGAAGACAGGAGAGAAAGUGGCCAUCAAGAAGCUGUGCCGCCCGUUCCAGACAGAGAUCUUUGCCAAGAGAGCAUACAGAGAGCUCAUACUCUUGAAGCAAAUGCAGCAUGAGAAUGUCAUUGGGCUGCUCGAUGUCUUCACCUCCGCCCCUUCCUACCAUGGAUUUCAAGACUUCUACCUGGUGAUGCCAUACAUGCGGACAGAUUUACAAAAGAUCAUGGGACAUGAAUUCAGUGAUGAAAAGAUCCAGUACCUGGUCUACCAGAUGCUGAAAGGGCUGAAGUACAUUCAUUCUGCCGGAAUCGUCCACAGGGACCUGAAGCCAGGCAACCUGGCUGUGAAUGAAGACUGCCAGCUAAAGAUCUUGGACUUUGGCUUAGCAAGACAUGCUGAUGCUGAAAUGACAGGCUAUGUGGUCACACGCUGGUAUAGAGCUCCAGAAGUCAUUCUGAACUGGAUGCAUUACAACCAGACAGUGGAUAUCUGGUCUAUUGGUUGCAUCAUGGCAGAAAUGCUGACUGGGAAAACGCUGUUCAAAGGAAAAGACUACCUUGAUCAGCUGACUCAGAUCCUGAAAGUAACGGGGCAUCCAGGAGAUGACUUUGUGGAGAAGCUUGAGGACAAGGCGGCUAAAAGUUAUAUCAAGUCUCUUCCAAAAAUGCCCAAGAAGGAUUUGUCUGUGCUCUUCCCCAAAGCCAAUCCUCAGGCAGUGGACCUGCUGGACAAGAUGCUGCAGCUGGAUGUGGAGAAGCGCCUUACAGCCACAGAAGCAUUAGCCCACCCAUACUUCGAUCAAUUCCGAGACAUUGAGGAGGAGACAGAGGCACAACAGUCCUACGAUGAUUCUCUGGAGCAUGAAAAGCUUUCAGUAGAAGAAUGGAAAAAACAUAUCUACAAGGAGAUCUUAUCCUUCAGUCCAAUCGCACGGAAGGACUCAAAGAAGCGAAGUGGAAUGUCGCUGUAGUGACUGCUUCAGCUGUGACCGGGAUUCAUGUCUCAUGCUGGAUGACAGAUGGGAUUUGUUCCACACAGCCUCUUUUGUUGCCAUCACUUGGCCUAUGGGACUCCUCUGUGUGUGAACAUGAUGUCAACGCUGUGACCGUGGGCACUGGACUUUCUUCCACUGGUGGGGGAAGCACUCCUAAAUAGUUUUCAACUGUAAAGAUAAAAUGCUUCACUGAAGCUUUGGGAGAAAUUGCUGGUAUUUUUUCUCCCUCCCUCCUCCCCCCUCUCCUCCCUGCAUAUUGCCAGGUUUUUGUUUCUCCUUUCUUUCAAAAAGCACAGGCUUUUGGACUUGAAUUAUGUAUAAGGUAAAUAAAAUGGUAACGCUGUCUGGGGACUGAGUCCCAAGCAAAA